AUGUCGCUCUCCAGAGACGAUGGCAUCGUUCCAGACACACCGUCGCACGAGCUCGACGAGCUUGAAGGCAGCUCUCUCAAUACCGACGCGGAUGAGGACGAAAUCCACGCAGAGGAGGUUGCCUCGUGGAAGAAACGUCCAUGGUGGAAGAGACCCUCCCCGUACUGGAUUGCGUUUGGUAUGCUAAUUAGCGCGAUGGGUUAUUCUGCUACGUUUGCCCCAAGAGUUGAAGUCUACACCCUCCUGGUGUGCCGCACGCUCAAGGCCGAGUAUUUUCCUGACAGCCCAAUCUACACAAUUGCCCCCCGUAUAGUUGGUGCAGCACCCACCUCAGACACUGACGCCAAUGUCCCGUCGUACUUGUCUGCCCUAAACAUCACCUACCCUUCAACGAUCCCGGGCUAUGAAGAAGACAAGCAGACCAGGCAGAGGUGCAUCUCCGAUCCAGAGGUGCAGGCAACUGUCGCAAAACUUUCAGCGACACUGACCACUACUAUGGGUAUCUUGAGCUGUUUGGCCACUGGCUGGUGGGCAAAUUUUUGCGACCGUCAUGGCAGACGUCCUGUCUUGGCGGCGUCUAUAAUUGGCUUACUCGUGGUGGAUCUAACAUUUCUCGUCACGGCGAACUUUGUGGACUACCUCCCGGGUGGUUAUUGGUUUCUCCUCACUGGAUUCAUUAUAGAGGGACUGCUCGGGAGCAUGCCAACGGGUGUGGCUGCCAACCACGCAUAUAUAGCUGAUACGUGUGAACCAUCUGCGCGAUCACAAAUAUUUGCCGUCACGCUAGGUCUUAUGUUUAUUGGAUUUGCCGCUGGUCCCCUCUUAGGAGGUUUCCUUAUCCAUUUCACGGGAUCUACCCUGUCCGCUUUUUUCAUGGCCGCUUCAUGUCAUUUCUUCUAUACUCUUCUUCUCAUAUUCGUUCUGCCGGAGUCGUUAACCGAAGCCAAGGCGCGCGCGGCGCGUCUUCGGUACAAGCAAGAGAAGGAGCAGAAUAUGAACGUUUCCACCCUGAGACGUAUUUUCAAAGAGGCGACGAGAUUUUUGAGUGCGCUUGCUGUGGUGCUACCUCGCGACGUUGUAGAUGCGAACCCCCUCAAGACGGUCGAAGAAGGACUGGAAUUUGUUCCUUCUGGCCAUGUCCUAUGGGGUUCAAUGCCGUUUCUCAUCCAAUACGCUAUUGCGGCGUUUCGUUGGUCUUCAGAGACCGCGAAUUACUAUUUCUCGUCGAUCGGCAUUACCCGCGCUUUUGUAUUGACAGUCUUAUUGCCGCUGAUGAUCAAAUUCCUCAAGUCCAGGGCAGCACCCACCUCUCACACUCCAUUUUCCGGAGACGUGACGCCUGAAGCCACACUUCUUCAUCAAUCCCCAUCCCCCCUCCGUUCGCGCUCUCGCUCCCAUCAACGUUCGACGCACCGGCCACCUUCGCGUAGUUUGGCAGACCAAAGACCAAAUCAUUCCGUCAACGUAGACAUCUUCCUUGCACGCUGCGCUGUCGGUCUCGAGAUAGUGGCGUGUUGGGUCAUGGCAGCUGCCACAUCUGGCACCGUAUUUGCGGCUGGUACGGUGGUGGGAGCAAUGUCUGUUGCAUUUUCGCCGACCAUACAAGCGCUGGCGUUGGAGGUUUACCAUUCUGAGAGAAACAACGGGACGGCUGCACGAGGUGGCCAAGGUGGGACGGGCAAGUUGUUCGGGGCUCUGAGUGUAUUGCAGGCACUAGGAUCGCAGAUCAUUGCGCCUGCGGUGUACGGAUUCAUUUACUCUCGCACCGUCGCAACGUUCCCACAGGCGAUCAUGCUGGUGACCGCGUCCUGUUUCGCGGUAGCGUUGGUGUUGCUGGCAUUUGUGAGGGUUCCCGCAUCUGCUCAGGGACCUCUCGAUGCCGAAGAACUUGAUGGAGGUGAAGAGGGACGGAAUGAAAAUAGCGUGGAGGGAGUACUUGUAGACGUUGAGGUGGAGACGCGAGAAUGA